UUUUUUGUGGCCAUUGCAUUUCGUCACAACGGGUUUUUCUAUACGAAAAUCAAGAAUUUCUCGAUUCGACCGGGCGGUGUGUGUAGCAUAAAUAUCUUAUUAAUAAAUAAAUUUAAAUUAAGUUUUAAACAAAUUUCCAAAACCAUAAAAUGCAGUGCACGCUACGCCAAGCUUUAAGCUAUGCCGUCAAGACCCCUUUGCGCUCUAAUGGCGCUAUUUUGGGAGCCUUGAAUGGUCGUUUUUAUUCCAGCACACACGAAGCCGAUUUGGUUGUUAUCGGCUCUGGACCUGGUGGUUAUGUGGCUGCCAUUAAGGCUGCCCAAAUGGGCAUGAAGACCGUCAGCGUUGAAAAGAACCCCACCUUGGGUGGCACCUGCUUAAACGUUGGCUGCAUACCUUCCAAAGCUCUACUCAACAACUCCCACUACUAUCAUAUGGCCCAUUCCGGUGAUUUGGAAUCUCGUGGCAUCAAUGUGGGCAAUGUUACCUUGGAUUUAGAGAAACUCAUGAAUCAAAAAAGCACUGCCGUCAAAGCUUUAACUGGAGGCAUUGCCCAAUUAUUCAAGAAAAACAAGGUAACACAAUUGACCGGUUUGGGCUCCAUUGUAGGACCCAACGAAGUUAAAGUGGUAAAGGAUGAUGGCUCCGAGGAGACCAUUAAUGCCAAAAACAUUAUGAUUGCCACCGGCUCUGAAGUAACACCCUUCCCCGGCAUUACCAUCGAUGAGGAAGUGAUUGUUUCGUCUACUGGUGCUUUGGCCUUGAAACAGGUGCCCGAAAAAAUGAUUGUUAUUGGUGCUGGUGUUAUUGGCUUGGAAUUGGGUUCGGUGUGGUCUCGUUUGGGUGCCCAGGUGACAGCUGUUGAAUUCAUGAACACCAUUGGUGGUGUGGGUAUUGAUGGUGAAGUGUCAAAGACUUUCCAAAAGAUCCUCACCAAACAGGGUUUCGAAUUCAAGUUGGGCACUAAAGUUAUGGCCGCCGAACGCAGUGGCAAUACCGUAACCGUUCAGGUUGAAAAUGCCAAGUCCGGUGAGAAGGAAGAACUAAGCUGUGAUGUUUUGUUGGUGUCUGUGGGUCGUCGUCCCUUCACCGAUGGUUUGGGUUUGGACAGUGUUGGCAUUGUUAAGGAUGAUAGAGGUCGUAUUCCCGUCAAUGAUCACUUCCAGACGGUGGUGCCCAAUAUCUAUGCCAUUGGCGAUUGUAUUCAUGGACCCAUGUUGGCUCACAAGGCUGAAGAUGAGGGCAUCAUUUGCGUUGAAGGCAUGAAUGGUGGUCAUGUACACAUCGACUACAACUGUGUACCCUCGGUGGUCUAUACUCAUCCCGAAGUUGCGUGGGUAGGCAAGUCUGAGGAGAACUUGAAGGAAGAAGGUGUAGAAUACAAAGUCGGCAAAUUCCCCUUCUUGGCUAAUUCACGUGCCAAGACCAACAAUGAAACCGAUGGUUUCGUUAAAGUAUUGGCUGAUAAGGCUACAGAUCGUGUGCUGGGCACACACAUCAUUGGUCCCUCUGCCGGUGAACUUAUCAAUGAGGCAGUUUUGGCUAUGGAAUAUGGUGCUUCUGCCGAAGAUGUUGCUCGUGUCUGCCAUGCCCAUCCUACCUGUGCUGAAGCUUUGCGUGAAGCCAACGUUGCUGCCGCCUUUGGCAAACCCAUUAACUUUUAAUUUCUCUACUUCCCUGCCUGCUUAUCAUUUAUUUUAAUUCUUUACCCUUUAAAAAAAAAAUGCCUUAAGUUAUUAAACAAAACAAAAAAUACGAAACUUAAUCCUUAAUCUUUUAAUCUAUUUGUGUGUAAUUUAUUUCAAAAUCUUUACUUUUUAUUUUCAAACAAACAUAUGAAACUCAUUGCAAAAAAGAGAUACGAUUUCAAAUAUUAAUUAAUAAUAAAAAAAAUAACUUAAAAAGCGCAUAGCGUGAGACAAGACAAAACAA